AUGUCACUCGGUUUCCAAGCGAAUCGAGGCUGGCCUACGUUCCUUUCGACAGUUAUUCCAACGCCUCCGCUUCGACAGCGUGCUAACUUUACUAUAAGGCGUGGGCCACUUCCCACUACUUCCCAUGCGUUCUUGUAUCUACACACGCUUCCUACGCCGCUGCCGCAUGCUGUCUAA